UGGUUGAGACAUGAUGUAAAUACGAGGUGCCAACCUCGGUUCCAAAUCAAGAAGCAGCAGCCUUAGCCUUGUUUCGACUGAGCUCCACCGCGAUACCUGCUGAGUUCCUGACCGGUCGGUAGACACGAUGCGUUGGUUCACCGCAGCGGCUCUCCUGUGGGCCGCCACAGCUAGCGAGGGAAAAGCUUUCCUUUCCCCUCCAACGUUUGGGAACAGCUAUCACAUCAAAGGACUGAUCUCGCUGCCCUAUGCGGAGAUCAAGGAGCCGUUUGAGGCCUGGUUCGACCUAGCGGCAGAGUCCAGCAGGAUAGACUACUACCAUGGCCAGGUGUCGACCUACCAGCUGGGGGCGGAGCAGCCGUGGGGCAUGUCCUAUAUAAUCACUCCUGAGACCACGGAGCAGCAGCAGAAUGUGAUUAAGUGUUUCCAGGCCAACGGGACGAAGGAGGAGGCGGUCUCUGCGCAGGCGGCGCUGCCCGCCGUUCAAGGCUUCCAGUUCCUGAGGAUGGAGUACUUUGGAGGUUCCCUGUGUGAAGUUUGGCAGAACGUGACCACCGUGGGCUACAAGAAGAACACCUACACGCUGUGGGUGACCCGGUCAGAGAGGGGCGGCGAGGACGAGCAGGCCACGCCCCUCCAUUACGAGAUGCUGGGCUACAACACGCUGCUGGGCUCUCAUUAUGACAAAUACUUGGUGGACUACAAAGAGUUCAGCGUUCGCGUGGACCCCAAAGUCUUCUCGCUGCCUGAAGGGAUGAGCUGCGGUGGGUUUCCCGGUCCAGGAGUGGAGCACCACAUGUUGGCCAAUCCCAUGAAGGAUCUCAUCCACACGUCGGCGUCGGGCCAAUCGCAGCGCAUGUUCAACCAUUUCAAGGACAAGUUUCACCGCCGGUACGACGAAAGGGAACACGAGAAAAGGGAAAACGCUUUUGUUCAUAACCUCCGGUAUGUCCACUCCAAGAACAGAGCAGGGCUGCCCUUCGCUCUGGCUCUGAACUCUCUGUCGGACCGAACCAUGUCGGAGCUGACCACCAUGAGGGGAAGGAAGCGAGGAAAGACCCCAAACGGAGGGCUCCCUUUCCUCUUAAAGAAUUACGAGAAGGUGACGGUGCCCGAGUCGCUCGACUGGAGGAUUUACGGCGCCGUGACUCCAGUGAAGGACCAGGCCAUCUGCGGCUCCUGCUGGAGCUUUGCCACCACUGGAACAGUAGAGGGCGCUCUCUUCCUAAAAACCGACUCCCUGCAGGUUCUGUCUCAGCAGAUGCUUAUCGACUGCUCCUGGGGUUUCGGCAAUAACGGCUGUGAUGGAGGGGAGGAGUGGCGAGGAUACGAGUGGAUCAUGAAACACGGAGGCAUCGCCACAUCGGAAACCUACGGAGCCUACAUGGGAAUGAAUGGAUUUUGCCACAUUAACUCGUCCCAGCUCACCGCACAAAUCCAGAGCUACACCAACGUGACCUCGGGAGAUGCCGAGGCCCUUAAGCUGGCGCUCCUUAAAAACGGGCCGGUGGCUGUCAGCAUCGACGCCAGACAUCGGUCGUUCGUGUUCUACAGCCACGGUGUCUACUAUGAGCCGGCUUGCGGUAACACCAUUGACGAUUUGGAUCAUGCCGUGCUCGCGGUGGGAUACGGCACACUGAAUGGGGAGCCGUACUGGUUGGUGAAGAACUCGUGGUCCACCUACUGGGGCAACGACGGCUACAUCCUGAUGUCCAUGAAGGAGAACAACUGUGGCGUCACCACUGAUGCGACGUACGUCACACUGGCAUAGCGUUGCCCUUUUCCACUAUGUAUAGAUAAAUGUUAACGCCCCCGAGGAUGAAUGACUGUCACGUCAAACUGUGCUGCUGGGUGUUAAUAUGUUGCUGUUGAAAGGUGUCGUGUGAAGUAAGAUGCUGCAAAACGCUCACAGAACAAGCCUCCUUUAAAAAAUGUUUUUGAUCAAUUAAAACCUUUUUUUUUAAUACAA